GGAUCUCGAGCUCUCUCCCACGACAGCAUCUUUAUCCCAGAGGAGCCGCCGGAGGAAGUCGGUCUGGAUCGCAGCAUGUCCCAGGAAAACGUUUCAGAUAAAGUUAGGAACCUUCAGGUGGUCCCCGCACAAAACCCUACACUUCUCUGAGCUCAACAUGCACGCCGCAGAGUGGCGCCAUGCAUGCAGUGUGAGGUUCAGAUGUUUGCAUGCGCUCACAAUUCCCAUGAAUGUUGAUCUUUGUUUUUUUUAGGGUUUAUCCGAGCUGUUCUUUGACAAGGUUAGACUGAAUUUGCAUGAACAAAAACACAAUUUCGGUUAUCUGUUUAAAAAUAACGACUGGGUGGACAGAGAAGUGAGGACAAGGGUGAAUCUUUCAUAGAUUUUCACCGAUUCACGCAUGUUUAAAAUUCCACAUGCAUGCCCAUUAAUGUCUGAUAAAAUGUCUCUCGGCAAGUUGCACCAGGCCACAUCAAGAGGUUGUGGUUCACCUCUGUUUUCUAUGUUAUCCGUAGUUCAUUGAAAUGUGUAGGCUUCCCGGUGCAGGCGGAGCUUUUAAAUACAGUGCAUAAAUUCUGAAUCGGGAUAAAGUUGGAAUAAUUUCAAAUGCUUAGUGGGGAACAUAUUAAGCAAAAGUUACUUUUUUUGCAUGUUUUGUACUUCCAUUUUGUUCUCUACUGUUUCUAAAAACAGCCCAAGCACUUAAAAAAACCCAACAACUUUGAGCCGUUUUUGGAAAUAAAUUAAUGUCUUUUGGCGUGUGUAAAACGAGCAAUUUCAAAAACCUCUCGAUUGUUGGGUCCAAAAUUCACUGUUGCCUAGCAACCCAAGUGAAAAAGCACUGGUAUUACCGCUGCAUGCGCUGUACAAUGGCUGCUGGAAAAGUCAAAUGUUUUGUUGUUGGCCAACCGUUCAGAAACCACUCGCUGAAUUCUUGUUGGUUGUGCAGGAGGCCCCACUACCGCUUUUCAAAUAUGUACUGUUGUAUAUACACGUGCAUCUGUUUGCAGCUGUUUUUAUAUGUGAAUGUAAACACUGAGGCGGGGGGCGUGGCCUGCGGCAUAAUAAUUUGAUUUAAAGUGACAAGAAACUCUAAAAGGGCUCAUUCUGAAAGGAGCUUGAAACAGGCAGAGUUGACCAGACUAAAAUCUCAUCAUCUAGGAAACUAUUUUGCGCAAAAAAUGUAGUGAACAUGUUAUGUAUAGCCCUUAGAUCUAUCCUAACCUGGUCGAGGAAGCACAGUAGGUCACCUUUAAUAUCUUCUUUAAUGCAGUCCAAAAUGAGCUUUGACGUGUGUCUUGAGUCGUUAUCCUAGUUGAACACCCAUCAGUGUCCAGAUUUCAUGCCAGGACACCAACAAAGCAGAUUAAAUGAACCAUGACUGAUUAGAGUGGUGACACAUCCAUCCACAAUAAUGCAAUAGCUUGUUGGUAGCUACAAAGGUUUGUGGUCAAGGCACACCCUGCUCAGAGACAUUUAUCCAAAAGUAUUCUCAAAUACACGACAUGACUGCUCCGGAUGAGUGGAUUAAAACAUCGGACUUAUUCACCACACAGAGGCAGAUCGCACAAGGUAUAAAGUUCGGCCAGAAGCCUCCUUCUCUUCGAAAAAGUGAGGGGGAUGAGGGAAGCUCAGAUGAGGAAGAGGUUCCCCGAAGCCCUCUGCAGGUUUUGGCCCAGGUAGAAGCUGAGCCGCCCAAAAUGGAACCGAAGGUCCAAGGAGCUCAAUCAUUUGCGCAGCACGGCACGCCAGUGAAGUCCCCGAGGUCCAAACGGGUCCUCCCACCAACCGGUACCAUUGAGUCCAUCAAUCUAGAUGCCGUCCCCCAGUCUGUCACUCGCCUGGACAACACCGCCGCCAAGCAUAAGCUCUCCGUCAAACCGAAAAACCAGAGGAUUUCCCGCAAACACCGGCGGUUCACACUGGAUCUCCAGGAGGUGUCCAUUCCUGGAGUCAUGCAGGAGGAGCUGGAGGCAGCCGACCAGCGCAGAGCAUCUCUGGAGUCCUCCAAGGAAAGCUUGAAGAAGCAGAGAUUCUACGAGGAGGAAAUACUGGAGGCCAGGAGAACGAGGGAGAUGGAGGAGCAACAGUUCAGAGAGGAAAUGGAGGAGAGGAAGAAGAGGGUGGAGGAGCUGAGGAUGCGUGAACUGCAGGAAGAGAGGAGUCGCAAGAAGCAACAGGAGGAACAAGAGAAGAGGAUGCGAGAGGAGGCAGAGAGGAGGAGGAAAGAAGAGGAGGAACAAAAGAGAGUCAGAGAAGAAGAGGAAAAACGUAAGCAAGAAGAGGCAGCAAGACAAAGAGAGGAGGAAGAUAGAAGAAUGAAAGAAGAGGAAGAACGGAGGAGGCGCGAGGAGGCUGAAAGAAGAAAAAGAGAGGAGGAGGAAAGAAAGAUGAGGGAGGAAGCAGAGAGGCUGAGGAGAGAGGAGGAGGAAAGAAGGAUCAGGGCAGAGGAAGAAAGGAGGAAGCAGGAGGAGGAAAGGAGAAAGCAAGAAGCGCGUCAAUGGCGAGAGGAAGAAGAUAGGAGGCGACUGGAAGAGCAAAAGCAAAUGGAGGAAGAGGAAAGGAAGAGACACGAGGAGGAAGAAAAGAGGAAGCAAGAAGAGGAGGCGGCAAGGAGGCAACGGGACAUUGAGGCAGAGAAGCGCAAAAAGCAGGAAGCAGAAAGGAAGAAAAAAGAGGAGCAGAAACUGAGGCUGAGGGAGACGGAGCAAAAGAAACGGCUGGAACUGGAGGAGCAGAAGAAGAUGCUGACUGAAGAGGGCGCUGGGAUCACUGAUGAACAAGAGAAGAAGCGGCGAGCCGAGGAGCAGCGCUGGAGGGAGAUGGAAGAGCGACAGAGACCCUUUUCCUUCAAGGUUUCCUCUGGAGAGAAACAGAUUCUCUUCCAGAAGGUAAAUCUGACCCCUGUUACACCAGCCGCCAGCCAUCAGGGCACUGCGGACGCUGAUCAAAGGGAAAGAGCUACGGCUUCCUUCCAGGAAGGUAAAGACUCCCCCAACCUGCCGGCAUCUCCAUAUGUCCCCCACACAGCUAUCCUGGUGACAGGGGCCCAGCUCUGCGGGACAGCUGUCAAUUUAGACCAGAUCAAAGACACCGCAUGCAAGUCCCUACUGGGUUUGGGAGAGGAAAGAAAGGCCCAAGGAACAUCUUCCGCAACGGGCAAGAGCUCACCAGACCGCAAAUCUGGAAAAACCAAGUCUCUCAGUGAGUCUUCGGUCUCCCCGGAUGAGUCGAGUGCAGCCGUGCUGGCGGAGUGGGCGAGUAUCCGCUCAAAGAUAUUUAAGGGGGUCGAGGAUGGGAAGUACGAUGAGUACCAGGAUCCUCCGAGCAGGAAUCAGCCUCAGCUCAGCGGCGACGAGCAGCCUCCGUUUGCUCACACCAACCUCAGAAAAACAAUGUCCGCCAGUGCCAAGUUCUCCAUCAUCCCUGCAAAGAAGAAGUUUGGCGACUCAAACAGAAACUCUGAGGUUUUCAGCACAGAUCAUAAGGAUGGAGGAGGAGAGGAAGCUGCUCGAUCUGACAGUCCUACAGCUGGGUCCCAAUCUCCAACCGUUAAACCUCACACUCGGACAAGCAAAAGUGUUCGGAUUGUAGAGAGAGGCUCAGAGGAGUGCAUGUUUGCCAAAGACCUCCCGUCUUUCCUGGUUCCCAGCCCCGGGGACAGACCCGAGGGCUCCGAAGUAAAGAGCCGGCUUCAGAACAAGACGGAGGAGGGGGAGACGCAGGGACAGGACGGUGAGGACAACCCCUCACCUUUUGGAAUAAAGCUGAGAAGGACAAACUACUCACUGCGUUUUCACAGCGAACAGUCCACAGAGAAACGGAAGAAACGCUACAGCGCUGGAGACAGCUUCGACGGCGUCCCUUCACCUCUCACUCCAAUCGAGCCAGACUCUGACGCAUCCUCCGUCUUUUCGGACAAAUCAAGUCCCACAUCGCCUCAGAAAGAGGGAGCAGUGAGCAAGUAUCUUCACGCAUCUGCAUCUCCUGCCAUGUCCCGGGGUAAGCUAGGCAAACCUACUAGCCCCGUCCCACACAACGAAGGAGAGAAAGUCCUAUCCAAACCACCGCUCUACAGAAGACCAACACCAUCCCCCAAACCCUCCGGAGCCACCCCAACGCCUCCUCCUUCUCCGCUCCCUAAAGUAGCCCACGGGUUCCCCUGUGAGGAAGCAAUCCAGAGGACGGGGAGCCCUGAUCUAUCCGUCCAGGACCAGGCUAGUAGAAGCGAAGACCCAUCAGCAGUGACUCAGCUGCACAGAGGCAGCCACAGUAAUGUCCAUUUAGAGGAGGAGCCGAAGGAGAAGAGGUCUUUCUUCCCCUCCAUCAACAUCCCUUGGAGAGAGAAGGCAGACAGGAAGGCAGAGCUCAUCAGGCGAGAAAAACCUUCCUUACAGGCCAGGCACUCACUGGACAGCGCAAGGGUCCAGGAGAAGGAAGCCGGGCCCUUAUGGAUUACCCUGGCCCUGCAGAAGCAGAAAGGCUUCAGGGAGCAGCAGCAGACCCGUGAGGAUCGUCGAAGCCAAAGAGAGGCCAAGCUAGCAGAGAAGCAUGCCAGAGAGAAAGACAGUGUUGCACUGGUGAGUCCUACAGACGGGAGAGAGAGCGGAGGAACCAGUCCUUCCUCCAAGCCUCAGACUCCUGAGGAGCCCAAAAGACCCGACAGCCUGCUGGGACGAUUCGAGCGCAGAGAUCCGUUAAAAAAGGCCAGCACUUUACCGAGCUCAGUCACAGUUGAAAUCUCAGACUCCACGCCGUCGCCACCUGCUGUCAAGGACGUGUCAAAGCGAUUCCCCUCCAGCGACUCUCCCCAGGUGUCCACAGAGCCGGCCUGGCUGGCACUAGCGAAACGAAAGGCCAAAGCCUGGAGCGACUGUCCACAGAUCAUCAAAUAAGCCCCACCACCCGACGCCAGUUUAACGCGCCAUGCAUGGGGGGGACGCACACAACCCACGGAGCCUGAGGAUGACGUUCUCCCGUCCACGUGAAAACUCCUCAUUGACACACCACUGGCUGCUAUAACCACCACGUUAAAGUGCGCUUCACAUUCAAAAAUGACCAAUAAGGCUGCGCAGAUGUAUGUAAAACAGAUGAGAGCAUGCGUAUAAUGUAUCCAAUCACACCAAUUGUACGACCCCUAAAGACAAAGUCCUCAGCAGCCAAUCACAGCCAUGGCUGACCACCGCAGUAGCCAACUUUUUCUUUUUUUUUUUUUGUACCUUAGGAGCCAACUGGGUCACCAUGGUUGUAAUAAAUUGUGUGCUCGACACCGUCUCCGUGCUCCGAGGAACAGCAGCGCUUAAUCAGCAGAGGGUAUCCGUCUGAAUCAUGUUUUAAGGGCUACCAGGAAAAAAAAAAAAGAGAGAGAGAGAGAGAAAGAAAAAUAACCCAGCAUGGCCGCUCCUCUGGAAAAGCUCGUUACAGGCAUCUCCUCUGCCCUCUUCCGUAUUAUUUAUGUACAGCAGCAGAUUUAUCUACACUGAAACUGUAUGGUAGCUUUUCUCUGAGCCUUGUUUGUUGUGUAAGGAGGGAAUCUUGUGCUUUUUCUUAAUUUUUUAUUAUUUUUUUUUUUUUUAAGUCAUACUGGAAAUAAUAAAUCUCACUGUGUCCGUGACGACUGUGACAGAACAACAAACUGGACUUGCAACGCGGCAUGGAGGACAUUAAAGCGCUGCGCCUGUGUGAAAAUGGACUUUGGAGACAAACCUAACACCCGCUCCGAUUCUUCUGACAUGUCCUCCUGCAGACUCACACCCGUCGCUACUUCUUUCAUUGGGAGCCGAUCUCACAACACGGGAGAAAUUUCCCGUAUGACGCAGCAAAACCUCUUCGUUCUCGCCGCUCCCUCUCAUCAUCUGUAAGUAUGUAUUUGCUCCGAAAGAGACCCAGGAAACCUGAGUCACUUUGUUUCUAACUUUGGUCGUGCACAAUAGUGUAGUGUACGCAGUGUUAUCUGUAACGACUACAAAAAAAAAAAAAAAAAAAAAAAAAAAAGUUUGGUAUUAUUUGCACUUUUUGUCCCACUUAGAGAUAUUCACGAGAAAGUUCAACAAAUCCAAAAUGUUAUUAAUAAUGUAAAUUAAAUACUGAUGUCUGAACCGA